AUGUCUACUAAGUCUGGCGAACCCCUCUCUAACGCUGCCCAAGAGCUGCUGCAGCUUGAGGAGAAGUACUCCGUCGGUGGUUUCGCGCCCACGCCAGGCUUCCUUGUGUCAGGCAAGGGUUCCACCCUCAUUGAUGUCGAUGGAAGGGAAAUCAUCGACUUUGUCACCAUGUUUAGUGCCACCAACAUGGGACAUGGCCAUCCCAAGCUGAUCGAGGCUGUUGUCGAAACCAUGCGAAAGACUACCCUUAUCAACAUGUCUACUCACUACGCUGGAUGGCCGAAAUUGGCCAAGGAGCUUUGCGAGCGAUUUGGCUACGACAAGGUGACAGCCAUGGUUUCAGGCGCUGAGGCUGCUGAUACUGCUUGUAAAAUUGCUCGCAAGUGGGGUAUUAUACACAAGGGAAUUGCUCCAGAGGAGGUUCUCGUUCUUGGAACCUCUGACAAUUACCAUGGCUUGACCUCCGGCAUCUGGCCCAUUAUGACCCCUGGUAGCCAAGAAGUAAGAAUAUCACCAACCGACACCCUCCGGACGGGCGAGGUGCUCCGAUACGGCCACGUCGAAGACUUUGAGGCUGUGUUUGAGGAGUUCCAUGGCCGAAUUAGUGGCGUCAUUAUGGAGUGUAUCCAUGGAAAGCUGCCUACCUCUCAGGAGGAGAUCGACUUUGCCAGCGGAGUCCGCCAGCUGUGCAAAAAGUACAACAUUCUCUUCAUCUCUGAUGAGAUACGAAUGGGUUCCGCCAAGACUGGAAAGUUCCUCUGCAGUGAUUAG